UAUGAAAAGUUCUGAUCCUUGUUUCUUUCCACAGCUACCAGUCCACUACCACCACUUCUCUCUCCUUCAUUAGCGAACGCGAAUAACAGAAAAGCCCAAAGAAAGAACAACAAAAGCACCGUAACUCCGCUGCGAUCGUGGUGGUGGCUUUUGUUUUCUAUUAAGAUUCGCGCAAGCACCCAGCAGCAUUUCUGCAAAAGGGAAGCUUCUUGUGGCUAGAUACCGUUCGCAUUGCCCCUAGUUACAUAAUAAAGUACCAGGAUGGUUGCAAAGGGCUUCACUGUGGAUCUCAAUAAGCCUCUUGUCUUCCAGGUUGGUCAUCUGGGAGAAGAUUAUGAGGAAUGGGUUCACCAGCCUAUUGUAAGCAAGGAAGGCCCUCGAUUUUUUGAGAGUGACUUUUGGGAGUUUCUGACUCGCACAGUUUGGUGGGUAAUUCCAGUUAUUUGGCUGCCAGUUGUAUGCUGGUGUAUUUCAAUGUCUGUACGAAUGGGCCACACACCUUCUGAGAUAGCCUUAAUUGUGGGUUUUGGCAUUUUUGUCUGGACGUUGCUGGAAUACAGUUUACACCGUUUCCUUUUCCACAUCAAAACAAAGAGUUAUUGGUGGAACACCUUACACUAUCUUAUUCAUGGCUGCCAUCAUAAGCACCCUAUGGACGGCUUGCGGCUUGUCUUUCCACCAGCUGCAACAGCUGUUUUGUGCGUGCCAUUCUGGAACUUUGCUCAACUCAUAGGCACUCCCUCAACUGCUCCUGCUCUGUUUGGUGGUGGUCUAUUGGGAUAUGUGAUGUAUGACUGCACUCAUUACUACUUGCAUCAUGGUCAGCCUUCAGGUGGAGUAUCUAAAAAUCUCAAGAAAUAUCACUUGAAUCAUCACUUUAGGAUCCAGAAUCUGGGCUUUGGAAUUACUUCGUCGCUAUGGGACAAGGUGUUUGGAACACUUCCUCCAGAGAAAGUGGUUGAAAAGGGUAGAUGAUUGUAUUUGCAGGUUGAGAAUUAUUAGCAAGGGUGAGGGUGGUUUUGAAGUUUCAUCAUUUACUUGAUUCCCAAUAUUCUUUCUUCAAGUCAAUUGAUUUAUAGUAUGUUAAUGUAGAUGGCUUCUACCAGAGUUUAGCAUAUUGUUGGGUAUUUUGAAUUUUGUGGUGUCAUUUUCCUGUGUAAAUUAGUUUGCUUAUUUAUUGUCUUGUUGAUCAAA